AUGGAUAAUUCUAAUGAUCAAUUUGAGAGGGAGGCUUCUACGAGGAAACAAAUUUUAUUUCAACAUUUUCAGGAAACAAGAGAAAGAUUUAUCCGAUUGCUUGUUCUUUUGAGAUGGUCAAAGAAAUCCAAGAAGACUCUCGACAAAUUUAAUCAAGUAUCAUCAGCUAUGGAUUUAAAAGUUAAUUCUUUUGAUAUGGCAUCAUUUACACUUUUUCAUGCUGCAAGGAUUUUGUCAAGAUUAAGAGAACCUGUUUUUGAUCUUCCAACAGCAAUUGAUGUUUUGACAACAGGAACAUAUCCAAGACUUCCGCAUAUCAUACAACAGUCACGUGGAGAUUUGCAAAAUUCUGCAGAUGAUUUUACUACUCAAGAUAAGGAACGUGCUAUUUCAAAGCUUACAGAUAUUAUCAGAAUGAAAUUACUUCAAUGCACCAUUCCUCCAAACAUGUUUGUAAAUAAGCUUGAAAAUGGUCAAGUCAAUUUGAUAGCUGAAAAUGAAUUUUCUAUAAUUAUGACAUUAAAUCAUAAACGUGAGGAGGGUGAAUCUAACACUGACGAGCUUAAAUAUUAUUGGCAAAUAAUUUAUUUGGAUUUAUUGGUUAAUGAGGACGGAAUCAAUGUGAGCCCAAUUCAUGAUGAUAUUGUUCAAAGGCUCAGCACUGUGAUACAAAAAAGAUUAUAUUAUCUUGAUGAAUCAGAUACUAUGGUGCCUUCCAUGGUUGAUAUUUAUAAUAUCAUCCAUUUGGUAACUAUUAGGAUUGCUAUGGAUAUUAUUACAAAACAAGCAAAAACAUUGAAGUGGCCAAAUGAAAUUGUUACUUGUGAAACAUUUAAUGAGAGCGUAGAUCAAGAUUUUUCAUUAUCACUUAAAUAUUGGCACAAAGCACCUCCUAUGGUGUCAUUUAUCGAGAAAGUUAUGGAUGGUAUUGAGGAUGAUGAAAAGAACUUCUUCCUCAAAGAUAAAGGAUCUAGGAAUGAACUUAAAAUUUUCAUAGACAAAUCAAAACAAAUUGUCUUUGACAUGCAACCAAAGCUUAGAUGCAAUUAUACUCCAGCUAUUAACCUAUCAAGAAUUAAUCUCGGAAAGAUUAUUAGUGAUUGUAUUUUUUAUCAUUCUAUUGAAAGACUGGAAAGUGUAAAAGUUUUCUUAAAUAGAGAAAGAUUGUUCCCUGAUAUCCAAUUGAUAACAGAUGCUGAGUCUAAUCAAGCUUACUUGUCUAUUUCAGUAUUCGAGGAAUAUAUUCUCAUUCUAGGUAUUGACUGGAAAACAGGUCACUUCCAACUCCAUCUUUCAGUUGACGGAGAAAAGCUAGAUGUAGACUAUUCAGAGUUUGUUACACGGAUUAAUAAUAUUGACGUGAGAAAGUCCAAAUUCUCGGAACAACUUCUUUCCUCUCUGGAGGGUGCUAGAAAGAGAACAAUUAUUCAUGCUUACAAAACAGCAGGUGCUCUUCUCGAUUUGGAUGUUCAUUCAGCUCUAUUCGAAGGAGAUGGUCUUUCGGAUGAAAAUGUUUAUUUCUCAUUCCCAAAUGUCAGUACAGCAUUUAUCCAAAUUAGAGUCACUCCAUUUUCUUACGAAAGAAGAAAACCUUUGGUUUCUUCUAGAGUGGUAAUUGAAAGAAGUCCAAAGAUUAUUGAUAUCCCUAUUCCUUCAUCACUAUUUUUGGAUAUUUAUCAACCUGCCCCUGAGGAAGAAAUUGAUAGCUAUGAGCCAACACAAAAGAGAGUUAAGAGAAUGACAUGCAUGACUGCACUUCAGAAAACAUUGGUUGCUUUCAGACAUUUGAAACAAAUUAUUGCUGCAUCAAAGCAUAAAGUACUCUUUGGAACUAUGUUGAGACAAGUUCAAAUCUCAAAUAGAUUCUCAUAUGAUCUUACUGACCAAGAAUAUGAAAUGAUUAUCCUUCCAAAUGAUAACUCUAAUUUCUCCUUCCUUGACUUGGAAUGCAUUACACUUUCGAUUGAUGUGAAUACUUAUGAAUGGGUCGCUACUGUAUAUGAAAGAAGACCUCUUCCAGUUAUAAUUCCUCAAAAUAGCAAACAACACUACGUAAACGACAGACUCACUUUCAAGUAUACUACAAUGAGAAAUUGUCAAAACCUUUUUGAAGAAUUUUAUCAAGAUUUGCUAUCUAUUGACAGAAUGUAUCCUUUGGCACUCCAAGUUAUCCAUCCAAGUCCUCACUUUGCUGGUAUUCUUCAACAAGCUUGUACUGUAGAAAUGGUAUCACAUACCAAGAUUAGAAUUGAUUACGGAAAUUGUGGAUAUAAAUUAAUAAUCAAGAAUGUAGAUAAGAGAUAUAGAGUUAUUUUAUAUCCAACAAAUAGAUUUGAAGCAGAUCUAGAAGAAUAUUUUAACAAACACUCUAGAAAUGAUACAUAUGGCGAGGUUAUGUGCAAGCUAGUUCAACUUCUUUUGAAGUCAACUGUUCCUCUCAACAAGCUAAAACAAUUCUUGUCUGAUCGUCAUCCAACUUCAUGGUAUUUGAUACCUAGAAGUAUGUACAGUUUCAAAGUUGUACACAAGGGAAAAACAACUAGGGAAUUCUUAGUGACAUGUAGAGCAUCUGGUCAAGUUGAAUUCAAAGCCACAGAUGAUAGUUUCCAUGUGAUAUCAGCACCAUUUGGUGAGGAAAUAGAUAAUGCUGUAUUAUCUUUAAAGAGAUGUUGUACCUCUUCUACACUUCUAGAAAAUAUGUCACCACCCCUUCAAAUUGCUUUAAGCGCUGAAAAUAUCAAACAACAAGACAACACCCUUUCAUUCUCCUCUCCAACAUAUGAAUAUAGCUGUGAGUUCAACAAUUAUGAAUUGAAGUUGACAAAGAUUGUUCCUAGGAAGAACAGUAUCUUGACUAAAGAUGAAGAAGAAUUUUUGAAAGAAGCUUUCACAAAGUAUUACCUUAAUUCAGCUUUAGAGGCUGGAGUAUCUCUAUCAGGCAAUUUCUUCUCUCAUUCAUUCCUUUUGAUUUUAUUCUUCCCAAAUCCAUUAUUCAAGCAUGUUGUUCAAGCAUGGUACUUGUUGAAGGAUAAGAUAGAUCUCGUUUUCUUUAAUCCAUAUCCAGUGCGUAAUGCUCAAAGACGUACAUAUGAUGAGUCUUUUGGUCUGGCAGAAGUUAAAUUACCAACAUCUCUUUCUGCAUUACUUCCAGUCUUUAGUUCUGGAAAAAUUAUCGAAAAAAAGACAUUGAAUUCAGUCUAUGUUAUUACUCUUUUGGUUAGAGUUUACAUUGGUGAUGAUUUUAUUGAUUUGCCUAUUCAAUAUGGAGCUAAUAUGGAAUUGAAAUUUGGUGAUCAAAAGCUCACAUCUGAAGUAGCAACGAAGAUAAUUGGAGAAUCACAAAGGCAAGAAGUUCCUGAAGAAGGAUCUGAUAAUACUCUUCUCAAGUUGUUGACCUACAUUACUGCAAACUGUACAAUUCCUCAAUUACUAGAUAUUUAA